GGGUAUUUUAAAGAGAUUUUUUUAGAUCACUCUACUGUACCAUCGUCCAUUAUGGGUGAACGUUAUAUUGGGGACUUACCUGAUGACACAAAGAAAAAAGUGGCAGCUGUCUUGGACGCAUAUGACCCACCUAACUGGAGAUCUCUUAUAAAUGUUAUAAGGCAUAAUGUACCUUCCUGUAGUAAUGCUUUUAUUGAUAAGUGGAGUGCAAAAGUAGGGAUGGAAGGUCUAUUGCCAGGAGGAAGUCCAACCCUGAAACUGCUUAGUGAUUUAGAAAACUUAGGACGAGGCAGUGCUACUACUGUUGGUGAAUUGGUAAACUGGAUCAAUUCUAUGGGUGGCAAUACAUCUCGUGUACAGACAAUCGUGAAUAUUCUGAGUAAGUAUAUGCUUAAAGAGGCGUAACCAGGAUUCUUCCAGAGGUACAGACACAAUUUGCCACAUCCUCUGGUACCCCUCCUUUGUUUAACAUUAAUUUACAGUGCCCUGCUUCGUCUACUGCUAAGAAAAUACAGGCCAGGUGAAAACAAUGUGUUCAUGUUCCAGAUGUUCUGGAAGACAAGCAUGUUGGUCACUCAGAAUGAAAUUUUUUUUUCAAUUUUUCUCAUUAACAAGGCCACCCUCAAAGUACCUAAGUUUGAAACUCUCAUAUAUCCAAAGCAUGCACUUCAUUUUAAGCAAUAAUACAGUAAUCCAGAAUGCACCCUAAUUUAAGUAUUAAUACAGUAAGCCUGCAUGCUCUGAUCCUCCUAAUCAAAAAUAAUUCCAUGUUUUCAUUUUUCAGUGAUCACAGGGCACCCAACCAGAGUGCUAAACAUAGACUCAGUACAACCUAGGGACCUACAGUUUUUCUUCUGUUAACUAAGUUAAUUGGUUUACAAUUUUCUAAUUGAAUCACUUUACUUUUUUAUGUAGCAGGUGCACCAGUGAUAAAGCAAAAUAUCCCUGAAGAAGUCCAGGCAGCACUAGGACAAGAUGUUAGAGUCCACUGUGAAGCAUCGGGAAAGCCACCCCUGUAUUUUCAAUGGUUUAAGAAAAGAAAUGAACUUCAGGGACAAGUAACAAAUACUCUAAGUCUGCAAAAUGUUUCUCCAGAUGAUGAAGGAUUUUAUGUAUGCCGAGUGGCCAAUAGUUUAGGAGUUGUCUUUACAGGCUGGACCAAAGUUACUAUCGAUAGACAUCCCAGUGCCUACAAUUAUCGGCAAUUUGGUUAGUACGGGUUAAUACAGUUGAGUAUUUAAAGUGCAAGUUCCAUUAAAAUGUUAUACAAUUCAGGAAUUUUAAAUCAUCGAGGAGCUUAUAAUAUACCUAUACAAGUACUGUACAGGUAUCAGUGCAAUAUUAAGCUAUAAAGUUAUUGUGUAUAGAUAAUAAUCUAAUAACACCGUCAUUAAAUAAUACAUUUUAAUGUGCAGCCUCGUUUUUGUUUUCAUGAGGAUCUUGGUAUUUACUGUUUAUGCUUCAGGUGGAAUUAGCAUCAGCUUCUCAACAAUUUGCGUAAGAAUGCCACUAGUUCAAAUGUCGUCUUGAAUGGAUUAAAUCCUGACCAGCUGUUAUUGUUUGAACUGUUUGUAAAAAUAUACAUAGAAGAAGGACGCCAAUAUUUUAAGCUGAGGUGAUUGAACACACCCGGCCAUUUAAGCUAAGACCAAUUUACUAAAAUUUGACCAAGACAUAACUUUGAGAACCAAGCAGGCAAUCCCCUGGCCAGCAGGCUAGUUAGGCCCAUUGUAACUUUUCAGGAAGCCAAUUAAAACACAGACUCAGGUUUCACGUCAUCUUGCCCGCUACCCUGCUUGUGCCAAACCCACCAUGAAAUUAGCAGAUGUUAUUAGAGGUAUGGGAUUUAAGCCGAAAGAAGUCACUUUAAUAGACAACUUAUGGAGUCAAUUUUUCUUCGCAGAUUUCCCAAUUAUCACCUGUCAAUCAGAGCCUACUAUUCGUGUAGCAUUUGGUUCAAGGUUGAGAUUGUACUGUGAUGGUGUUGGAGUGCCUGCUCCUAGUUUCCAGUGGUAUAAAAACAAUGCUCCCGUUGAGGGAGCAACAUUUAGGGAACUUACAAAAUUAAGUGUCACUAGUGAGGAUCAAGGGAAUUAUUUCUGCAAAGUGUAUAACAGCGCUGGUGAAGUUUCUUCAGAUCUCAUUCAAGUGAUUGUUGCACCUGCAGGUACUAUAAAAUUACUGUUCAUAGUUAUCCAUGUAUUUAUGAGUUGUUUACUUAAAAAAUUCUCUUUUACAAGUGCAAAAACCCAAACUUCGGCAUUAUGCAAAGAACGAAGUGUCCCAUAGCCCUGGCCUUAACUGGGGUAGUGAAAAUUCUGUCUUCUUCAUUUUUUGGAGGCCCUAGUGAAAACAAAGUUUGGGCUAGGACAUGCUAGUUUCAGCUUUCUCAAAUGAUCAAUUGAAGCUGUAAAACUGACUGUCUACACCCUGCUUCAGGUACUUGGCACCAUAAUUUAAGGUAUGGCUGAAGGUUUCAUUUGAAUAGUCUUCUCAUAGAAUUUCAUCAACUGACUCAAUUUUAGAGAGUCAGCUUAACCAGCUAAACCAAAUACGAAUGAAGGAAGAAAAAUAGAGAUUUAUUGGCUUUGCGCGAACUGGUCACAGUAGGAUGUAUUUUUUUAAAGUACAGCAUAAUGCCAUUAAUACAAUAAAGUAAGUGAGAGUGCAUUAAUUGAAACAAGUUAUCCAAGUCUAGAAAUAACCUCACAAGUUCAUGUCUCCCUUUAAUCCUGAAUUUGGGUUAAAUGACUAUCUGGGAUCAGUGAAAUGUUUAGACUUUUAUAUCAUCAUUAUCAUCAUUAUUGUUUUAUUUAUUUAUUUAUUUAUAAUUAUGGUAAUGUAAGAGCACUAACUUAAAUGUAUUCAUUUUAAUUAUUUUUCAGUUGUUCCCAGAGGUUUCCAUGAGCGAGGUAAGUACACACACAGAGAAUUUAUAUUCUUAUAUACAUUUUUAUUUUGCCAGUUUUAAUUAAUCCAAAAAAAAGGCGCCUGCACAAGUUAUGAAAAAGCAUGUUCUGCUAUAAACAAAAUAGUGAAGAUCUGAUUUUUGUUUGUUUCCAUCUCUUUACAGUUGCAAAUAAAGUGGCUCUGUUGAUUGGUAAUAUGGAUUACCAACAUGGUCAUCAACUUGGGCAGCUCUUCCACCCUAUAAAUGAUGUAUGUGGAUUAAUGGGCAGUCUUUUAAACAUGAAUGGCUUCAAAGUAAGUUAACUGGAAUAAUUAUGUGAAAGUUUUCAUCACCUUAAUUCAUAGUAAGUCAACCAUCUCUUAAUGCACACCUCUAUGAGAUUGACUCCUAGAGAUGGUCCCUGUCACUUCAGUCAUUUUCUUUAAAACUCUACAACACAGACUGACCACGCCAAUAAUUAUUGAUACACACUCUUGGUUGGCCGUAACAGUAUCGGAUCAGCAGUAUGGCCUAGAAAAGUUCAGAGACAAAUUAAAUAAAUUUGUGGCGAUCAUGAGUGUCUCUUAAUACUAAGAAGAGAGGUAGUAAGGAUUCUUAAUAUUUUCAGGUUUUGAAAGGCAGCCAUAGGCAUUUUUGAAAUAAUAUUUUUGUUGCCUCUUCUUGUCGAUACUUAGAUGAUAGAUAUGGUAAAGCAGUCUUUCAGAAAUGCUUUGUGAGAGAAGCAUUUUAAAGAAUUAAGAUAUCUAUUUUUUAGGUGCUCACAUUGGUUAACCUGACGCUGAAGGAAAUGAGAGAGGCACUUCGACAGUUUUGCCGGCUUCUGGUUGAGGAUACCUUUGCCUUGUUCUACUUUGCUGGUCAUGGAUUUGAGCGUGGGGGACUAAGCUACCUGAUGCCAGUAGAUGCAACAGAUUCUUAUCGAAGCAGUGAAAACAUGGCCUCCUCAGAAGUAUUAGUUGCUAUGCAAGAAACUAAUGCGAAGUUACAUGUUGUAUUAUUGGACUGCUGCAGAACUGAGUAAGUGAUGAAUAGCAACAAGCCAGAAUUGAAGUAUUGUGUUGGGGUACUCCCUAUGAUGGCCCAUACAGGGUGCAAAGAAAAUCAUUUUUACAGCUUGCCAUUCGGGCAAGUUGAAGCUAGCAUUCACUAGCCCAGACGUCAUUUCAACUAGCCCCAAAAACUUCUUGAGUAGCAGAAUUGAUUUCACAGUUCUUCUGUUAUUCGAAUUCCUCAAAAAACAUCACUUGCCCGUCGGGCAAGUUAAAAACAGAAUUGACUAGCCCAAUAGCAAAAUCCACUAGCCCCGGGCUAUCGGACACUACUUUCUUUGCACACUGCUAUACAGGGAGGCUCCGCCCGACAGGGGUACCUAUUUCAGGCUUCAGGUACAUGAAAGGGUAGAGAUUUCACUGGUUGAUGUAUAUGAAAGGGAGUGGAAAUCUGUCAUUUCGGACGGUAAAAAGGUCUAAUUCUAAAAGGGCAACAGAUUUUUUUUAUGGCUGUGAAAAAGUCAAGAAAACGUACUCGCUUUAUGAUUUAUUCAUAUUUUAAAUACAGUACAUUUACAACAAUUAAAAGAAAAACAAAGUUUUAAACUAGAAAAGGGGUUCCUUUUUUGUCAAAAAUGGUAUGUAAAAGGGUAAGGGGUUGGAUUUUGGGGCAGAGCCUUCCCUUAUAAAACUUUGUUGAGAACCCCCCAGGUGCGUUUGAUAAGCUAUCACAUACGGUUAAUGACGCCCAGGGCGUUUAUUUAAAUUUAGCAGUAGACCUGCACCGUUCUAAACUUCUUAUUUCACUGGUCAUCCGUUCUAAACUUCUUAUUUCACUGGUCAUCUUUAAUCUGCAUUUCCACUGUUUUCAGGGAUAGGGGCAUUGUCAUGUGACAAUCCCUGUUGUUUUACCAGCUUAUCAAAAGCAAUCUUUCAAACAGGUGCGGGAUCGCCUAAAUUUAGGGGUCCAAGACUCUCAUGACUGUGACAAGCUCGACAAAACUAAUAUACUUUCAGCGAAAAUACCAAGAGAGUUCACAAAUAGCAGAAUAUGCAGUCCACUUAUUAAUACAUCUAGGCCGUCUAGAGAUCCAUAUCGCUGUCCGUCAAAUCAGAUCGGAUGCCAGAAUCCUCGUUCAGGGUCAUUGUGUUGUCAUCGUUACUCUAUCCUUACUUUGAACUCAACAUUGAACAAGACGCAAUGUGCCCACCCUUGUUAAUCAAGAAAGGACUGGAUAAAUUGAAUGAUUUUAUUCCUUUUUACUAUUUCCUAGUAUUUUAAAGUAAUGUUCAUGGGAAAGGUAGCCUGUUCCGGGCGUUCAGUUAGUGGGGAGCGGUGCGAAGUAAAAAGGAGCGCGAAAAAAUAAAACCGAGGGAGGAGGAGAGUGCCCCUCUACUUUUCACCGCUUUCUUUACUUCGCACUGCUCUCCACUAUCUGAACGCUUGGAACAGGCUAUGGGAAAGGGGGUGACUAUUAGACAGGGAGCGAUUAUUAGAGAAGGACGUCUAAUACAAACUGAACAAGGCAGGAGAGGCGUAUAUUAGGUUAUUAGUCAAGAGGCGUGAAUUUGAGAGGGGGCGUCAAUUAGAUCAUUUACUGCUCCUGACGGUAUUUAUGACGGGGUUACAUCACAGGGUGUGGGGUGGAUGUUGCUGCUCAAAAACCUGAAUGUGUGUCCGCCCACCCCACCCCGCAAGAUGAGUCUUUGGCAUUGCUUAUCAUAAAAGGUGCAAAUAUAUAUACCGCGAGGCUUGAACCCAGAAAAAGGCAAAUGGUAAGCGCAAUGCCGUUCGUUUUUUUCCAACCCCAAUGAGAGAAGGAAGACCUCAUAGUCCUCAAUUUUUGACUGGAAUUUCUGAAAAAUUAUCUUACCCCUAACCUCCGGUCCGAAGUAUUCAGGAUUUUUUUGCUUAAUGGUAAACACGCCAUUUUCAAGGUCGACGAAAAUCGCUCUUUUGGAAAGACAUAAAACUAAUGAAAUAAUUAAUGGAGUUAUAUCACUUUUUACUUCAGACCUGAUAAUGUGCCUAAUAACAGACUAUUGCUUCAAGGAGGUGAUUUACAAGCUAUAAAAAAACCCAAUGUUGUUCUUACGUUUGGAUGGUAAGUAUUUCAGUGUCAAACAUUAUUGGGGCAAAAAAUAUUCAGGUUAAUGAUAAAAGGCAUUUUCUAUUUUUCUUUGGUAAAUCACACACCCCAAUCAAUCAGAAGGGUCACGAGAAUUUAAUAAAUUAUCCCCCGAAGGGAAUAAUGAAGGCGUAAGAGGUUCAGUUUGGUGUGCGUGUGUCUCACAACAUGGGCUAUUACAUAUAGUCAAUACUGUUUCCCGCCUUUUUUUAGCCUUUGAAUGUAGCCUGUGUGUGGGGGCGUAAGAAGUCUGGGGCGCGAGGUAAACGGAGCGUGCGAGGGCUUCCUCAUUACGGCCCGUCCUUAUUCUCAGUGGCGGAUCCAGGGGAGGGACCGGGUCCCCCCCCCCUUAUUUCAAGACCAAACUGAAGCCCGAAGGGGCCGAAAAAAAAUUAAAAUUUUUUUGAGACCCCUCCCCGUUUUAUCUGAAGGUCUGAAUCCGCUACUGAUGCGCACCCUACAUUUCUCCUAUGCCUGCUACGCAAGCUACCCAAAAUGAAACCGAAAGGACUUUAUUGCAUAUUUAUUUACCUAUAUAUCAUUCUAUCUAAUGUUGUCAUUUUUAGUUUAUCAUCAACCUCUUUUCUAAAUUGAAACUCAAAUUUUUGGAGCCAUUUUAGUGUUUUCUUUCAUUGUAGCUCUGGCCCUGAGGAAGGCAAAUUUUUGUUAGCCAAAAUAUUGGCCCCAAAUAAAUCAGCCCUUUGCCGUAUUGACAGCCUGGUAUUCAGUUUUGUUAUAUUUCUAUAUAUAUAACGGUUUCACCUUUUACUCAUUUUCUAUCCAUGAUAUUUUUAGGGCAGUUGUUUCAUAGUUGAUAAAACAACUUUUUUCACAAAUUCUAUGCAAAUGCAUCCCUUGCCAAGUACACCCCACAUGACGCGAAGAGCUUUUUCAAAGUUUUGGAUAAUUUCCUUGUGAGAUUUUCUCAUUUUUGGAAUAUUUAUUUGCAGUUGUUCACAAUCGUAUGUCUAUGAGAGUAGAGAUGAGAAAAAUGGCUUCUUUGCUAAACACCUGCUUAAGAAUCUUACUGAUGAACACAAAAACAAGUCUAUUGAAGAAGUGUUACUGGGUGUUAGUCGAGGUAAGCUGGUCUUUUUGGAUUAGUGUGCGCUGAUUUUAGGGUAGCUCUACGACGGGAGGAGAAAUUGUAAGCUGAGGUCCUUUGCGCGAUGCGAAGCAGCUACCUGCUCUUGAAGAAUGUGUGCCACCAGAAUAACAUUCUUGUUCUUCAAAGUUUUCUGUCCUUGAUUUCUUUAAGGUAUAGACGAGGAGAAUCUAGUGGAUCCAUCUACACACCAGAAGCAGAUUGUCAACAGAAUAACAACAUUGGUGAAACCUAUGAGCCUGUGGUGUCCAGUGGACAGCAGUUUUAUGAAUCCCGCUACAGUAGCUGCAACUAACAAAUGGCAGUCUGCUCACGGUAACGAGGCUAAUGAGUUUAGUGAGUGAGGGAACGAGGGAGUAGCCUGUGAUUAGGUUCCCCGCCGGGGAGCGUGUGGCGUUUUAUCGCCUUACCCUCUAGAGGCUAGUGCGCAAGCAAGCCAAAUAGUGAAUGGAGCGGCUGACUGAGCGACGAGCUGACUGACUUGCCGACAGACGAAUGACUAAUUCGAUGGGAUUGGCUCUUGAAUGAGAAUAUUGCUUCUUGACUAUGACUGUUUUAAACCAAGUAGUCAGAAGAAAGUAUUACGAGGGUAAAAUACUGCUAGCACUCCAGGUGCCUCGCUCCAGUUUUCCUCUCGGCUCAUUUGCUCGCUCCAGUCUUGCUAAGCCUCAACUCGACCCUCACUUGAAAAGAGACUGAUUGCAGUCUACACGGGUAACGGCCCAAGAAAAACAACGAAUCCAUUUGAAAGCAUUAACCACUUCACACACUUUCAUAGUACAGUGGAACCAUCAAAUAUCGAAGUGUCAUCAGGCUGAGCCAUUUUUUUUUUAUUACCGGGGUAAAAUACAUCGGAUUCAGUGUUUCAUAUUUUACUAAAACUGGGACGAAUGUCUUUUCUUUUCAUAGGGGGCUUCGUCGUUUUCACUUUUUCAUUUCACUUUUUUUUUGUUAGAAAUUCCUACCGAGCCGGUGAUGGUGUUUCAAGAUGACAACAACAGAGUUAAGGUUGUACUAAACUUUAACGCUGAAGUUUCUAACGUCCUUAUAGUGAACGCUCGAGCACUGGGAGACGCCGAAAAGGACUGUUCAGUUACAUUUGACAUGUGUGGUGUAAGUGUUAAAUCGACCUCAAUAUGCCUGUAGUAAACUGUGGUAACCUUUAUCUAACCUGUGUAAUAUUAUACUCGAUAGGUUGUCAGUGGGUGCAAGGUGGAGCGAAAUUCCAUCGUGGGGAAAAAAUGUAGACCAUUCGAAGCAACAUUAAAAGUCAAAGACCUUCAAAGGCUCAAGGUAAAAGAGAGACACUUGUCUUCAUUUACUUACUACUUUUAUUUUGGAUUUUUUCAAGUAAUUUACAGGUAAGGAUUUUACCGACGUCUUUGCUCGGACAAUGUCGCCCGCGCUCGAAGGGAAAACACAAACGAGACGAGCCAAAUGGGCAACCUCUUUCCCAGGGCUUUUUCGACAAAGUCAUGGGAACGAGGUUGGCCAAGUAAGCCCUUUGCAACUGGUUAGUCACGUGGUACGAAACACUUCGAAAUACAGUGGGACAACAGUGGGACAAGACAAACAGAGAGAUAACAGCAUUGGUAAUGGUGAUAAGUCUGUCUGUGUUUGUUUAGUCCUAGUGCGUUCCUUGUGCGUUCCUUCCUUGAUCUCCCGCCUGGCGUUUUUGCACCAGGUAACUGACCAGCUGCGAAAUAAAUUAGCACAGACAUCGUGACGUUAAAUGACAACGCAAAAGCGCGUGGAAAGGACUGAACAUGACUUCUGGUGCUAAAUUUCCGUUCUCCCAUUGGUCAAUCAGCUUCAGAUCUGCGUGCGCUGUCGACAUAGCCGUCUUUGCUAAAUCUGCCAAAUACGUGUAACGAAACUAACCGUGAAAAAUAAAUGGUAGUAAAUGUAUCGCUUUACACCACGUACCUACACCUGGUAUAUUUAUUCAAACGAAAUAUAGUGCUACAAGCGAAUCUUUGUUUACAUUUUUGCCCCCAAAACACUGUUAUCAGUAUCUGAUAGAGCUGAUAAAAUAAUAUCUCUUAACACUGAAAGAGUACAACAAUUUCAGUCAUCUUUGAAAGUUUGAGCUCGGUAAACCGAAAGGUUUUGGCGAAAUUCUCUUUUAAAAACUCGAAAUUUUACAAAGAAUAUAUGGCUCAUUUCGCAGUUGUUGAUGGCUGAUGUUGCCUUUAAUGUUGCUUUCAAAGAGCUGUAAAUUGCACAAAUUGCUCAAGUUAAUCAGCUCUUUUAGAUUUUCAAUUUACCUCGUGUGUACGGCCACGGCUUCUGUGAGUUAAGUUGUAUGCUAAUGAGGAAUAACGUGAACAAUAAUGUCAGCAAAGAUUCGCCAGUACUAUUCAGCGAGAAAAUGACCAUCUAUCGGGUAAGAAUUAACAAAACCACUUGUAUUUCUGCGAGAGAUGGUGAUUUAUUCUAGUGGGUAACUCUACUGAUCCACGUUUUGAACAACAGGAGGCGGGCGAAAUGAUGAUACUUGGUAGGUUAACGGUCAUAUACAAUGGACUUACUUCUGGGGGCUCUACUGCCACAAAAAAACAACAACAAUAGUAGAAUAAAGCACUCGGCAGUAAUCACGCCAUGUACCAAGGUUACUUCAGGGAGUAAUUAGAAAAACUUAUAGAUCAGUAAAUUGAAGUAAACUUUAUUUAUUUAUUGUUUGUAGGAACCGUUAGUAUUAAAGCUGACUGUAAUGUGCACCGUACGAGACGAAAGGAAACAGAUCUCUGUUACAUACAAAAUGGAAGAGAAACCUCUCUAUGCUAAACUUGUGACACGCUGGUAAACAAUGUACGAAACAAUGGAACAGGAAAAAAAAGUGCUUUGAUUAUCAGUAAUAUUAAGAAAUGUUUACGCGGUAUGGAAGGAGUACAGCUAAAAGUGACCAAUGUAAUCACUCUGAGAUGGACAUGCACCUUUGGGACAGAAACUAACUGCUUGUGAUUGAAAGACGCCUGCUUUGUGGAGAGAGAGAAAAGAAAAUGACUGUAAAGCCGAAUAGAAGGGGCCAACUGCAGGUGUCCGUCCGUCUUUGCCUGCGGUAACUUUUAGUAAGCAAAUUCUUACACGUCAAAAUUGUAAGGCAAAGGACCUUAACGGAAGCGGCACCAUGACCACUACAAACCGGAGAAGCUAAGAUUAUAUUGCUUUAAUGAUCACUUUAAUAAUUCCUCUUUCUCUCUCCUCCGCAAAAGCCUCUCUUGUUUCACGAGGAGAGUGGAGGGAGAGAGAGGGGAAAGUGUCUCGCGUGGAAAUUUACUUUGUGGGUGCAGGGCAUGGCUUUCCACGGUCAUGUGUCUUCAGCCGAUUCUCUUACGCGUCUAAACUCGAUACAGAGAGGUUGAACUUCAAUAAAAAGAUCCUGCAAAAUAGAAAGAACAGACACUGAAUACAACAAUCACGCAUUUAAGAACAAGCUGUAUCACCCCAAGUUU